AAUCCCAACACUUCGUCCAGCCUCGCCGUCACCGCUGGGAGAAGCAGAGGGAUCAUCGGGCGACGUUGUGGCGACGCGUCAACACAUAUUUUUUUGGGAGGGAGAUCCAUUUUCGUCGUUUUUUUAGUUGGAAAACCACCAACCCGCUCUCAGAACGGUGGUCUAUUUAGCAGGAGGCCGGGAUGGGGGAGAAUGCGGCGUUUGUGCUGCUACUCGCGGCGACCUUGACGCUUACAUCCGAGGUGCCUGUGGAUGACUCGGUUGGCUUGCUAACUGAACCCCAGGUUGCCAUGUUCUGCGGGAAGCUCAACAUGCACAUCAAUGUGCAGAGCGGCAAGUGGGAGCCCGACCCGUCCGGCGCCAAGAGCUGCAUCGACACCAAGGAGGGCCUUCUGCGCUACUGCCAGGAGGUCUAUCCAGAGCUUCAGAUCACAAAUGUUGUGGAGGCCAACCAGCCUGUCAGCAUUUCUAAUUGGUGCAAGAAAGGCCGCAAGCAGUGCCGCAGCCACCCGCACAUCGUGGUGCCGUACCGCUGUCUGGUUGGAGAGUUUGUCAGCGAUGCCCUUCUGGUUCCCGACAAGUGCAAGUUUCUGCAUCAGGAGCGCAUGGAUCAGUGUGAGAGCCACCUGCACUGGCACACUGUGGCCAAAGAGUCCUGUGGAGACCGCUCUAUGAAUCUCCAUGACUACGGGAUGCUGUUGCCGUGCGACAUCGAUCGUUUCCGAGGGGUGGAGUUUGUGUGCUGCCCGGUGGAGGCGGAGCGUGAGAUGGACAGCGCCGAAAGAGACGGGGUGGAGUCUGACGUGUGGUGGGGUGGAGCUGAGACCGAGUACUCCGACAACAGCAUGACGCGUCCGGCCGCCACGGAGCCAGCCGCCACAGAGAACGAGGAGGACGCCUUUGAUGAGGAGGAGGAGGAGGAUAACGACGAGGACGAAGACUUGAUGGACGAUCGCUACAGCGAGGAGCGCAGUGCCAUCGUCGCCAUGACAACCACCACUACCACCACCACUGAAUCGGUCGAGGAAGUUGUGCGAGCCGUUUGUUGGGCUCGCGCCGAGUCCGGCCCCUGCCACGGCAUGCUGGAGCGCUGGUACUUCGAGCCUGAGAGCGGCCGCUGUGCUCCCUUCUUAUUCGGGGGCUGCGGUGGCAACAGGAAUAACUUUGAGACAGAGGAGUACUGCCUAGCGGUUUGCAGCAGCUCGUUGCCCACCGUGGCUCCCAGUCCUCCCGACGCCGUGGAUCGAUACCUCGAAGCUCCCGGAGACGACAACGAACACACCAACUUUCAGAAGGCAAAGGAACAGCUGGAGGCCAAACACCGGGAGAAGAUGUCUCUGGUGAUGAGGGAGUGGGAGGAGGCUGAGAGGCAGGCAAAGAGCCUCCCUCGUGCAGAAAAGAAAGCUCUCAUCCAGCACUUCCAGGAGAAGGUGGAGGCUUUGGAGCAGGUGGCUGCAGGCGAGCGGCAGCAGCUGGUGGAGACCCACAUCGCACGGGUGGAGGCGCUGCUCAACAGCCGCCGCCACCUGGCUCUGGAAAACUACCUCAGCGCUCUGCAGGCCAACCCUCCACGGCCCAACCAGGUGUUGAACCUGCUGAAGAAGUACAUCCGGGCUGAGCAGAAGUACAGGCAGCACACGCUCAAACACUAUGAGCACAUACACAGCGUCGAUCCCAAGAAGGCGGCGCAGAUCCGACCUCAGGUUCUGACUCACCUCCGCGUGAUCGAGGAGAGGAUGAACCAGUCUCUGGGUCUGCUCUUCAAAGUGCCCCGAGUGGCUAAUGAGAUCCAGAACCAAGUUGCUGUUAUUGUGCAGAGAGUUCAGGCGGAGCUGUCUCAGCAGGUGUCUUCUCUGCAGAGCGACAGGCGGGUGGACGGCAGAAUCAGUUACGGUAACGACGCCCUGAUGCCCGAUCAGGCCUUCAGCUCUGCUCCCAUGGACCCGGGUCUGGACGGACUGGGCUUUAUUCACCCAGAGAGCUUCAACCAGCCCAACACAGAAAACCACGUGGAGCCCGUGGAUGCACGACCCAAUCCAGACAGAGGACUUCCAACACGACCUGUUUCUGCCCUGAAGCCAGAGGAGAUGGCGAAUGUCCGGAUGGAGACGGGAGAAAGGCAGAGUGCCAGCUUUGAAGUUUACCAUCAGAAGCUGCUGGCUGAAGACGUCAGCUCCAAUAAGGGCGCCAUCAUCGGGCUGAUGGUUGGAGGCGUCGUCAUAGCGACCAUCAUCGUCAUCACUCUUGUUAUGCUCCGGAAGAAGCAGUACACUUCUAUCCACCACGGGGUGAUUGAGGUGGAUGCAGCCGUGACCCCCGAGGAGCGCCACCUGGCCCGGAUGCAGCAGAACGGCUAUGAGAACCCCACCUACAAGUUCUUUGAGCAGAUGCAGAACUAAAGAACAGCGAUGCCCCGCCCGUUACACCCCCUUCCAUUCCAUUCUCGCCCCCACCCCCACCCUGCUGCCCAGCAGGAGGGCCGGAUGAGGACUUCUACAACCACCGAUCGGUCUCUUUCACAAUAAAAGGUAAACAUUGUGCCGCUUUCAGUGCAGGAAACCAGCAUGGAACCGUAUCGUAAAGAGGAUGAACUGUUUGGACUGAACCGCUCCGUUCCGUCGGUGUUCGGACCAGACUCAAUUAUUUAUGACCCCGCCCCGCUUCACAAGCCACCACUCACCUGCGCUUCAACGACAAAUCAGGCUUCUCCAAGCUGCAUGAUUUACAUUUUCUAUACAGAAAAAAAUAAGCGAAAAAAACAAGCAUAAUCAAGGUAUAUAAAAGCGGAAAAUAUUUAUGAGUUUGUUGUGAAUGUGUAAUAUAUUAGCUGUAAGUAUGUGCAGUGCAUGGCGAUGUUGAUCUACAGUAUCCGGUGGUGUUUGGGGGGGCAGGAUUGUGUAUAUAUUUUUUCGUGCGUCUUCUUUGUGAUGUCGUGACCUGGAGAAGUGCUGAGAAUCCGCUCCGCUUUGUCGUCACACAGACUCGCUUUAACCCCGAUUCUCGCCGCGCUUCACCGUCGUGUUGGCUGCAUGGACAAAGCUGCGUGAAACACGAGGCGCCGCGGGAUCCGAAAAAGGAUCGCGCUGCCGUUUGCUUUUCUAUGCACUACGUUUGUGACGAUUGCUACCAAAUGUUAAUUUUAUGACCGUUCUGCACUUUUUUUUUCUUUAAACGAGGAUUUGUGUGAAAAUUCUCUAUCGGCAUCGCAUUCCAGAUGUUUUUGAUUGUACAUUUUUUUUUGUCCCUCACUUAUUCUGGCUGCAAUAUUAUAAAAGAAAAGAAAAAAAUUCAGAUUCACCCCCUAAAACAUUCCUCUCAUAUUCUAUUUUUCUACGUUUGCUGCGCGUUCAUGUACAGCGCUUCAGUCUCGUGUUUCCUUUGCCUGCGUAGGUGUAGUACCGCUCACCCCCACCAGGACACCUUCACCUCUGUGGGAAAACCUGAAUGUGACGCGCAUCUUUCAGAAAAAUACAACACAUAUCACCUCUACAUGUGUAGACACCAACUUAAAGCUCUUGAUCAGGUGAAUGUUGAACAAUUUGUAUUGACGAUCACUCGGGGGGUCUUUGUAGCCCGGUGAUUAAAGAUGUUUUUCUUCUCGA